UGUGACGACAGAAGAGAGAGAGAGAGAGAGAGAGAGAGAGAAACUAAACUUCAUAUCAGAUUAAUCCGCGACAGUGCAGAGUGUUUUAACCCUGGAGGACAGCAGGCUGUAUUUUGCGCGUUAUUACGCACAAGCCAUUCAGUUAUUACAGAGUGAAUGGACUGAGAACGAAGCAGCUGUUACAUGUAACAAUAGUUACCUGAGUCGCUCGUUACUGUAAUGUUAGCCUAUAUAUGGCUUUUUUUUUCCUUUUUUUUUGCGUGACUUAUCUUAUUUUAACAAGCUAUAAUAGGCUUCUCGGUGGUCAUUAGUGCCCGUCUUUUACCAGAAUCUACAGAUCGAAUGAUUUUUUUUCUCUCUCUCUGCUUCUUUUUUCUCUGAGUUUUGCUUUAUGCACCUGUAACUUAAGAUGUCACCGGGCUGAAGAAAAAAAAAGGCAAAGGUCGUCUUUAAGGCAGCUCAUUUAACCUACGAUUCAUGACCAUGACCAUGAGCGGUGCUCACACUGAAGCAUCUGCGCCGCUCGACCUGAGGACCACAACAAGGGACAUCACAGAUCGGACUACAGGACAAAGCAAAACCCGGACACCAAAGAUCGAGGAGGUGGAGGAGUGCACUUCCAGAGGAUCUCCUUCCCUUUCCUCUGCGAUCAAACCGGGCAGCAAGGAUAGUCAUGGUCAAACCCAGGUGAAGUGUGAGAGGCUGACCCACAGCGAUGCCAAGUCUCCAGAGACCUCUACCUCAAAACUUCCCAUCAGAAAACGUCCUGUCCGAACGGACCACAAACCUCAGGAGCAGUCAGAAAACAGAAAGACAGACUCAGGUCCAAGUCCUGCCAAAGUGCCCAGGUGCAGCAGUGUCUGCAACGGACUGAACGCAGAGGCGCAGCAGUUUGCUGGGAGCCCAGUUCCUGGAGGAGCACACAGCGAUACACAGCUCACUCCAAGCAAUCCAUACGAUGCAUACCUUCCACCUCACCUGUGUACAAAUAGACUUAUUUCGCUUCACCCAUUCGAGGACACUGAUCACCUGCGGCAUGAGGUAGAUUUGGCAACAUACCAGGAUGAAGAUGGGGACACGGCUCUACAUAUUGCUGUGGCACAGGAGAAAGAGGCAAUAGUUCACCGGCUGAUCCACAUUUUAUGUCAAGUGCACAAAGACCUGGACUUGUAUAAUAAUCUCAGACAGACUCCUCUCCACUUGGCAGUCAUCACACAUCAGCCUGGUGUAGUGGAGGCUCUUCUUCGGGGUGGAGCAGACCCUGGAGCACUGGAUCGUAAUGGACAGACGGCAUUGCAUCUCUGCUGUGAGCACCAAGAAGAAGCUUGUCUCCGUAUAAUACUUUCCCACCUCUCCCGAUUAUCAUACUGCCCUUUGACCUGCCUGAACAGCCGGAACUUUGAAGGCUUAACACCCCUCCACCUAGCGGUUCAGGAUGGAAAUAAGAAGCUGGCGAAAAUGUUGUUAGACUGUGGAGCUGACAUUAAUGCUGUCGAUAUUAAGAGUGGUCGCAGCCCACUGAUACAUGCUGUAGAGAAGAGCUGUAUGGUGAUGAUCAACUUCCUUGUUGAGAAUGGCUGUAAUGUGAACUCACAGUCAUACAGUGGAAACACAGCUCUUCACAUUGCCUGUGGCCGUGGCGAGGUAGAUGCUGUCAGAGUUCUCCUUAAAAAUGGAGCUGAUAGCAGUCUAAAGAAUUACCACAAUGACACAGCCGUUAUGGUGGCUAAGAACAAGAAGGUAUCUGAUGUUUUACGUGGAAAGCCCACACGAGGUCACAAUCUGAAAACUCAGAACAGCUUCAGUGGUACCUCAUCUCCAAACAACUUAAGCCUUUCCCCUUUGGCCACUCCCAACCCUCAUCGUAGUGCAUCUCUGUCUCCAACAGUUCCACACACAUAUUCACCACACAGCCAAUCUGGCGAAAGCAGAUCAGGGAACCAUUCACCGGUGGAAAUUCAGGAAGCAGAGGAUCUACAAAUGACACCCAGGACAUUUCAUGAUAUGGUAGCAUUCAACAGUCCGGACUAUGUGGUGUCUAUUCAUCCUUUUCCCUUUUUCCAAGCACCUCGUUAUGAGACACUCAUGCCUUCUGGUCCUCACCUGCAUUUAAUGCCAGAUCACUCUCCUUAUUAUCCAAAUCUUGUACAAAGACAUCUCUAUCCCUCAGACACACAGUUCAUCUUAAUUCCAGCCAGGAAUGGGCCACCUGUCUCUCAUCAAUCACCACUGCAGCCCACUGGUACACAGUCACGGCCCUCCAGCCAUAACAGUGAUCAAUCCGACAUAUCUAACUUGAGUGCAAGCACUGGGGAAAAGACAUGAGCUGAUAUGUCUGUGAAAUGUCUAUAAUUGCACAUGUUUUUUUACCAAAUAUUGAACAACGAGUGUGGAUAGAUGUGGCGGGCCCAUCUUACAAGAUGUAUUUUUUUAAUGUAGCCUAUAAUUUAUGAUCAGAUAGACUACUGUCUUACUUGUAUAUGAUUUAUCAUGGUUGUAUUUUGAAACAUUUGCAUUUGAUCUAAUAUGAGAAAUAUAGUUUUAUUCAAAACUAUAGUCUUUUACUGGUUGUAACCAUACUCUGUGAUAGUAGGCAGCAAUGAAACCUCCAUUAUUUAUACGUGUUAUAUAUAUAAAUUGCACAACCAAACAGGUAAUGAGCAUUUUCUUUGUCCAUUUUCAAUAACUUAGGAUGUUGAAGACCAACAAGGAAUAAUUUAUGGAGAACAAUAUCACAGCUGUGGAGCUGGCUCUCUCAAACCUGCCAAUUAGUUGAGUUAACCCCUUAAACACCUGGUUUAUUGUUCAGAUAUUAACACACACACACACACACACACACACACACACACACACACACACACACACACACACACAAGAAAAAUGUGAUUUAAAACGUUUUAGAAUUGUUAUUUAAAUGUUUAAAACAAAGAAAUGUUCAAUAUCUUGAAUAAUUAUUCAAGAUUCUGCACUUUUCCCUAUUUAAAUGUAAGCAAGUUUGUAAGAUUGAACAUGUUAACUGCUUUGUACAAAAGGGCAGAUUUACUUAAUCCUUAAUCUCUUCGAAUGACUCAUAUAGUCUGUCGACACGUCAAUGGAUUUGAUCUAAAAUGGAUCAUAAGGUUUUGCUCAAAUUUGUGGAGUCCAUGCCAGCUGGAGUGCACACUGUCAUGAAAGUAAAUAGGGGACAUACCAAAUCCUAAGAAACUGUGAAAUUCAUGUAAAUAUUUCAAAGAUUCUACUUUUCACUCAAGUUAUUGUCAAUAAUAUAAGUUGUAACGAAAGUUGUAGUAUUAAAUGAUAAAGGAAUGUAA